GUAAAGAGGAAAUGAGGAAAGAGUGGGAGAUAGAGAAAGAGAAGAAACAGUUAAAGGAAGAAAAGAAAGAGAAGGACAACAACGUCUUGACAAAGCACCUGCUGGAGCUGCCGGAGAAAAAUAAGCAGAUCCUAGUGUUGGGCCUGGAUGGAGCAGGAAAGACCAGUGUUCUCCAUUCCCUAGCCUUAAACAGAGUCCAGCACAGCAAAGCACCCACCCAAGGUUUCGAUGCCGUGUGCAUCCCCACUGAAGACAGCCAGAUGGAGUUCCUGGAGAUUGGUGGCAGUGAACCUUUCCGUUCCUACUGGGAAAUGUACCUAUCCAGGGGGUUACUGCUGGUCUUUGUAGUAGACUCAGCAGAUCACAGGAGAUUACCUGAAGCCAAGAAACACCUUCACCAGCUCAUUGAAACAAACCCUAUCAUCCCUCUGGUUGUGUUUGCAAACAAACAGGACCUUGAAGCAGCCUAUCACAUUACAGAUAUCCAUGAAGCUUUGGCAUUAUCUGAGGUGGGAAAUGACAGGAAGAUGUUCUUGUUUGGAACCCAAGUGACUGAGAACGGCUCAGAGAUACCCUCCACCAUGCAAGAUGCCAAAGACCUGAUUGCACACCUGGCUGCAGAUAUGCAGUGACCAGGCCCACUGUUUGGUUCACGAUCUAAAUGUUACCAGGGAGUGCUGAGUGGCAGCCUUGAAGCCAAAGGUUUCCACUUUCAAAUAAAAAAUAAGCCAUUUCCUAUUUUCUCAAUGUGCAGCAUAUAUACAAUCAUAAUGUUAAUUAAGAGCAUCGCUUUAUUUAGACUUUGAACUUUAAAAAUAUGUAUAAAACAAUGUAUCUGAAAGAAUUUGGAGUCUUAAUCAACAAAAUUAAAGUGAACAUUAGCAAGCAUUUAUCCCAUUGGUAGUUUUUCAAUGACAUGAAAUUUAUAAUACAAUAUUUUAAUAAAUUCUC